UGCUCAAAGAAACGGUUAAUGCCAAAACAGAAAAUGGCAAUAUACUGUAACAUUUAUGUGUCACCUUUAAUUUACAGACAGGUGAGUUACUUGAACCUCACAUCUGCUUAUAGAUAGUUAGAAACUGUAUCGCUUUUGGCCAGCUUUAAGUGGAUUAUUAAUUAGACUGGGGGACCAACAUUUCGAAGGAAUAUGUGAAUUUAAAAAUUAUAUUGUGUGGGAGGCAUGGAAGGAUGUAGAUGUACUUGAUUGACCUCUACAGCAAGUACAAAGAUAAACGGCAUUAGGAUGUAGUGAUGGAUACCUGUCACUGUGGAUAGAAUUUACUCUGUACCAAGUACAUGUGGUGGCGGCUUGGAUGGAGAGACUGCCUGGAAAAAAAAACAGGAACGAGACUGAAACCUAUGAAUAAGAUUUACAUAGACGUGAUUUCAAAGUUUGAUGUGUGCAGUAGGAAAGAUAGACAGACUGAGAGACAAACGAAGAGAAAAAGUGAGACAGGAUUAGUAUUGACAUGUAAAUCAGGCAGGCUAACCAGCCAGGCGUGGCGGCUAGAGAACCAAUACUAUCAGCCACACACACCAAUUUCCAGUCCAACGGUUUUUCCGAUUUGUUGGAGCUGAAAGCUGAAUCUAUGCCAGACCUGGUUAUUUAUAUUUCCACAAGCAAGUGAAGCAUAACAGUGUGUUAGGAGCAGGCUAACACACACCGAGCUUUUCUCUCAGCAGCCCUCCAGUGUGUUGAUGGAGGACAGCUGAUCGGUGAAGGUGAACACUACACUGUGAUUUCUUCACCCACAAAGAUUUAGUUUUAUUCCACGGUGUAUGUGUAAUACAAGUGUUAUUUUAUUUAGCGAGGAACCCCGUUAUUUACUGUCAGAAUUUAACCACCCUUUAUUAACUUGUGAUACGGAUUGCUGGUUUCCCAGUGUUAGACUCUUGUACCUGAUUACAUGGACAUUGUAUGUUCAUGCACGGACUGACGUGAUAUCAGGACUAAAUAUCACGUACAGAGGAUAACAACGCAUCACAUCUGAUAUAUUAAUUAGCAGAAUUUUACUGUGCUGGUACAUAGCAACCGAGUGUGACCGGUCAGAGCACACCUGAGCCAACACUAAGGUGAACAUCUAGACCACUAUACCAGAACACCCGAGAUCUGGACCACUGAACCGGAACACCUAUACCAUGGAGCGGAACAUCAUUUAGCAUGGCUGUGACAGUGAAUACACUACAUGAAAGGCUCUACAAAACCUUAUUACAGUAACUGGAGUGUGAAUGUGGGCAGUGUCUAACCAGUAGUAGUCCAGGCUUCAUCGUGGCUGUCUCAUGUAUCCAAAAUGACCGCACAGGUCCUAACUGUCCAGGUCAAGAAGGAAAUAAUGGACAGUGGUGCUGACAAGACAGACCAGUCAAAGUCCACCACUGCCCUCGACAUAGCGUCGAAGACCUCUGGCGACGGUAGCCGUGGUAACGCCAUUGAAGUUGCAAUAAAUGGUGAGGGUGACCAGAAGAAUGAAACUAAGGCUACGGAUGGGGAUAAAGUUGUGGUUCCCACAGUUACAAUGGUGCAGGGUAGCCAGGUGACGGAUGUAAAUGCAGAGCAGUUACAGCGAUUAAUUCAACAACAGUACCUAGUGAAUCUGAUUCAGUUCCAACAGUCCAUGUUUCAGGGCCAAGCAGCCCUACAGCAGCAUCACCAGAGUCUCCUUACUGCCCUCGAUGGCAAGGGCAAAGAAGGGGAGACAACUGUGGAAGCACCUGCUGCUCACCAGCAGGUGUCGCCUGGCAUCACCAUGGUAAAAGACGGACAAAAGCGAACUGUGGAAGGACUGAGUGCAGAAAUUGGGUCGGAUGUGGAUGCCAUGGAGUUUGAUGACAGUAUGUUUAUAGAGGAAGAGUUGGAUGAGAAUGGGAAGCCUAAGAAGGUGGACGGACGGAUAAGACACACAGGUCUGUCUAUAGUUGGUGGUCGCAACAUUAACCAAUAUGGGCGAGAGUUCACCAAUGGACGUCCUUUGCCGGAUCACCUGAGAGUACAGAUUCUGCAGCUGGCUCUUCAGGGCAUUAGACCCUGUGAGAUAAGUCGCCAACUGCAAGUGUCACAUGGCUGUGUUAGCAAGAUCUUAAACAGAUAUAGGAAGACCGGCAGUAUCAACCCUGGUCAGAUUGGAGGAAGUAAACCAAAGGUCACGACCCCUGGGGUGGUCAGCAGGGUCCGGCAGUACAAGAUAGAAAACCCACAGAUGUUUGCCUGGGAAAUACGGCAAAAGUUGUUAAGUGAUGGAAUUUGCAAUGAAAAAAACAUCCCUUCAAUAAGUUCAAUCAACCGAAUCAUCCGUGACAAAGCUAUUUUACAGCGCAGGUCACUAGAUCUGGCCGGAUUUCCAGACUCAGAAGAUACUACUGAUAUGGAUGACUUGCCCCUUGACACAGAAGGCAUACAGAAGUACAUGUUGUCUGUCCCACACUUACAUGCUGCAGCAGCUCAGAUGCAACCAGUGGCUGCAACAACGGCGUCCUCAGGAGCAGGUCCCAUAGAUACCACCUGUACCAUUAUACCUGUCCAGGCUGUUACCUUGGAUGCGAACCAGACCAUCAUGGUGCCAGCGAUGUCGGGGGUAGGGCAACAAAUGAUGUUGACCCAGACACCUCUCUCACUGUCUCAAUCUCCUCCUCAAGUCCUUACUCAGUCCCCAACCUCCCAGAAUGACAAACCCUCGCCAAAGGAAAAACUCUCACCGAAGUCAAAGGGUCAAGGUCAGACUGGAGGGGUUGUGGAAGGUGAGGCACAUAUUAUAUCAGUUGAGGAUGGAAACUCAGAUGAGCUUAACAGAAGUGGAGGAAGUACUGGCUCUAAUGGCAAGUCUGAUGUUUCCAGGCACAAUAGUCUGCAGGCUGUCAUCUCUCACCUUAUUUCCACGCAAACGGCGGCCAUGAUGAAGGAGGGGGAGAGUCUGGAUGAGACAGAUGCUGCUACAAAGUCCAUACAGAUGGUUCCCGGGGCAGUUGGUUCACAAUCUCCAGAGCUGCCACGCACCUCGGCUCCCUCUAGUGUCAGUCCUACAAUGCCAUCACAGAGAAGUCCACAAACCAAAGUAUCAAGAGGUCGUUCACGUGUAUCUAGUCGCAGUGAAGCCAAUUCCUCUUGUAGCUCCUCCCCAACAGGUGUAACAAGAACCACACCAGGACAGAAGUCGCGUACCAACAGGGAGGCGGCUGGUAGGAUCCCAGUCAAUGGGAAUGUUGUGUUCAAUUCAAAUCCAAAUCCAGUUGGAUUUGACAAGUUUGGUGCCAUAUACUAUGAUUAUAACUUGCCAGAUAGGGGCUUAGGGGGAGGUGCACCAGUUCCCACAAGACCUGCUGCCCCACAGGGAGCAGCAGCAGCAGCAGCAGUAGCAGCACCUGGGGCGCAACCAACCACUAAUGUGGUUAAUUUGGUGCCAGCCAUGUGGCACUACCCUCAGUCCCCUGCCCAGCUGUCCGUUACCAGUCCCAACCCUUCAGAGCGAAGUGGACCCUCCCCUCUAGACCUAUCAGCUGCUCAUCCCAGGGAUAUGCCAAAGUUAAAAGAAGAGCCAAAGGAUGUUGAGAAAGUGGAAACCCGACCGACUGGUGAAGUUGUUGCUACAAAACCUCCACAGCUGGAGAAGGAACACAUUCUGCCUGUAGACAAUACUUCUCCAACAAUGUCUCAAAACACUAGUGUAAAGAUGUCGCCAGAAACACAACAGGUUUUAUCGGAACAGCAGACGCCAUCUGGGUCUCCGACGAGUUCGGUUGAUAAACAUCAAUUAUCCAACAAACAAAGACUGUUAUACGAACAGAACAUGCUCAUAUUCGGUGAAAAGGAAGUGGAAAUUAUUUCUGUUGGGAAUAAUAAGUGGAUUGUGAGAAAUGAGAAAGAAUUAUAUACGGUUGUGAACAAAGGGAGUGAGGAAGUGGCCAGAGGAACGAACAGUACAGAAUUGUCCCAAGGUCAAAAGGCCACUAACUAUACAUAUGUCACUUCAGUGGAAAACACAGACAAAAUAGUUGAUAGCACUCAAGAUGUUGUAAUGGUUACAGCUUGUAUGCCAACUUCGUCUCAGACUACUGUCAUUGGUCAGCAAAGCUCUUCGCCAAACAAGCGUCAACAGGAGGGUGACGGUGGAAGCCACGGAAACGACACCCACAAAAUUCCUAAACUGUCUAACGGAGAUGUUCAUAGGCAGAUUGCUGGUGCUACAGAGGUGAGCUAUCCUCCUUCAGUUGGGGUUGUGAAUGUGCCACUAUUGAACGGUGGACAGCCUAAUCAGUCAUCCAUAUCCCAGAAUUCCACACUAGUUCUGAGUGAAUCUAUUAAUAGCUCAAAUCCUCAUAACUCCAUUGGAGAAGCAGAUGACAAGGGAUUCCCUGUCCUGCAACAGAUGCUGAAGCCAGCAUAGACUAAAUGAAAUUGAUGCUGUCAAUUUCUUAGAAAUAUUCCCUACGUCCAAAGCUUAAAGACUGUUCAGCGUGUCAUCAUUGAUUUAGUGUGUUGGUGUAUACAUAUCCCUAAUGAACCUCAUUGACUCGAAAAAGUUCCCAUGAAAAUACAAAACUUAUACUAUUUGUCUAGAAUCUUGUGUGUAAUGAAAUCCAGUUUGAUGCUUAUCAUGAUUAGUGAUAAUAUGUAAAAUUCAAAUUUCUGCAAUAUUGUUUUGAACGUUGAUGUAGCUGUAGUAUCUUGUUAUAAAUGUUUUGAAUAUUUUUAAUCUGAAUUUAUUGCCAUCUUUAGUAAUCUGGCAUUUUACUGUUAUAGCCUUGUGUUAGCCCAGAUACAUUUUUUUCAUAUAUAUUUAUCAACUUGUCAAAUGGUAUGAAAUGUUUUAGAUGAAUAUCCUUUUAAGUUCCUCUAAGACUCUCAAAUUUUACAAUAUUUUUAUGUCUGCCACAUAAGUUGUCAUCACCCUGUCUGUCGGCUUUCAUAUUGUCAGCAGAAUAUCAAUUUGAUUACUUCAUGGAUUUUGACAAAACUCCAUAUAAAGUUUCAGAGCCAAGUUGAAUUAAUGUAGGUCAAUAAAAUUACAAUGUAUAGUACACAUACUUCGAUGAUUUGCAUGAAGUUCUUGAACCAAGUUAAUUUCAAAGUAGAAUUGAAUUUUGGAAAUUUGAAUUAGGUCACUGUCACUAUUUUAAGAACUUAAAAUGCUUUAAAGGUUGUUGCUAUUUUCAAAAUCUUAAAUAUAUUGUCAAUUUUACUUGUGUGAAUUGAAAACUGGACUGUAAACUCUUGCUGAAGUAUCAAGUCAUGUACUGCAAAAGUAGGUCGCCAUUACUAUUUUUAGAAAACUUCAAAUAAAAUCUUGUCUGCAAUUUCAAGUGCAAAUUACUUCAAAAAUUAUGCAUUUAUGGGAUAUCUCUUGUAUUUCUUGAUAAAAACACCUUGUAUUUGUUGAAUAAAUUUUACAUCUAUGUUUGUGGUAGGAAUAUUACAUAUUGUUUGAAAUGAUAGAUUUUUAACACCAGCAUGAUAUGCCAAAAUCUCCAAAACACUUAUGAUUCAGGCUAAAAAUAAAUUACACAGUUUAUCCAAGGACGAUAUGCAUGGCCUGUGACAAGGAAUUGGACUUAGAUAAAGUAUCUAAUAUUGUUAUACAAUUGUUUUACUGUGUUUAAUAGAACUAUUCCUUUGUCAACAAAGAUUACAUUUUCAAUCCCAAUAUUUUAUUUUUGUUACUGGAGUUCUAUACCUUGCAGCAUUAUUAGUUAUAGCUAUGCAUUAUUUUUGAUCACAAAGCACUAAUGUUUGCAUAUUGACCAACAGGCCAGUAUAUAUAUAUAUACUACACCAUUCUUAACUGCUAAAUAGUUUCUGUAAUAGUAACUAAAUUAUGUAGUUCAAAGCCAAAUUUAUUUCCCCAAAACCACAAUCUAAAAAAAAACAACAAAAAAACUUAUUGAAUUAUUAAAAUAAGAUCAAAUUAUAUUUCAACGUUGAAUUUCUUGACACAGCUUUUAUAGAUAUAUUUGCAUUUAGAUUCCUAUGGUCAAUAUCAAAUCCAUGUUACUGACACUGAAAGUGGAAAGAGGUACAAUUUUCCGUAGAACUGUAUAGAGAUACUUUCAGAUUAGUGUGCAGAUGUGUUCCCAGAUAUUAUAUUAGUAAUUUGUUACCAAGGUAUGAUUUGCUUUACAAGAUUUUACUCUAAUUUUAUCUUGUUUAUAUUUUUAAUUAAGUUAUUUGAGUACAGAAAGAUUGUUGCAUUUGUUAUGAAAUCCCAGGUUGUUUUUCCUACAGCUUUGUUUUGUUAGCGUUGUCACCAUGACUACCAUGGAGAUGUAGAAAUUUAUAGAUAUAUAAAUAUAUAUAUAUAUAUACAAACAUACACAUAUACACAUAUUAUCCUUUGCUUUGACAAUCAUUUGAAUUCCAUUUACUUUGUGUCUACUGUAGAGAUGUUUCAUUAAAUAAGAUAGUUAUUAGUAAGAGAGUUAUCCCCCUUGUUAGAUCCAAGUGUUAUUGAACUAUACCAGAAAGGCACAAAUAUAAAAUAUUCUUGCUCAUUUGCUAAAUCUUUUCAUAUAAAAUCCAGCAUUUGUAUAAUUUAUUUUGCCUUCUGUAGUGAGUUUAAACAUUUUCAUUCAAGAGGAUUUUCAGCUAAUAGUCUUAUUUCAACAGACUUUUCCUGUAGGUUUUUUGUCAUGCUUAAACAUUUCCAAUAGGAGUGAUCAUUUUAGACCUUUUUAUAACUAUGGGCUGAUUUUGCCCGUGAAUGCCUAAGUCACUGAUAAUAGAACUAGGAAUUUGAUAAGUUAAAUUCUUUUUCACCAACUUUUGAUUGGUCCAAGGGAAACAACUCUACCACAAAACACUAAAACACAAGAUAUUGUUACCACAUAUAGUCUGACCAGAAUGACCUGUUGUGUUGACCUUUUCGUGGAAUAUUCAAAGUAGGUGAUCCUAUUUGUGCAAAAUGUGUCAACCUGCUAAUUGAUGUUAUGGUGCAUCAAGUACAUAACAAAAGUGUACACGUAGGGCAACUUGGCUGUAGAAUGGUCUGUUCAAUACGAUAUUGCAUAUUGUAGCCAAAUUAUUCACAAAUUAACAUACCAGUACAAGCAACUUCGGGCGACUAAUAGUGAACAGCUGAAGGCCUUGCAAAAAAUGUGCAAUAUGAUUAAGCCUGGUCUCUGUAAUACUCUCAAUGUUCCUAUACACCACGUAAAAUGAAAAAUAAAUUAACUGAUGCGGUUGUUAAUUAUUACUGGGUAUGUAUUAAAUAGCAUUGGAUAGUUAAGCUUAUCAAACAUAUUAUAGAUGUUUUGAUUAUCAAAAUUUGUAAAACCCAAUGUUUUCUGUCAUGGGAAUAUCUCUUGAAAUACUGUCUGAUAUGUCAAUAUAGUUUUAGGUUUUAGUCGAAUAGUCAAGUUGCCAGAAGUAUGAUAUUAAUUGAAUGUGGAAUUGAAAAGAAAAAAAAUGCAAAAAUAUCUUAAUAUGGGAAAUAUACUUCAUGGGAUUUGAAACUGUCACAAGUACUUUGGUAAUGUACCAAUUAGCCCAUACAACUAAUUUAUCUAUGUAAAUGGUGUCUAAUACAUCAUUUUAAACUGUUGCAUAUCCCUAUAUGAUUAUUGAAUCAUGAGUAAUCAAUAUACUUAUCAAAAUUCAAUAUGACAGGUCAUUGUGGUAGGACUAUACCAGGUAACUUGAUUCACAAGAUGUUGGAAGUUAAAUUCAACUUCAAAUUAAGUUAUGUAUUGUUUUACUUAAAAUGCAAGUAAAUAUUUUAUUUAUUAUUUAGUAAAUAAAAACACAUUUUCUAGAUACUUUUUACACUCAAAGCAAAGCCAAAUACUUUCUAUUGGAAAAAACAAAAGAUUUUUGUUGAAUUAUUUUUAUUAAAUCAGCAUUACUUGCACUUAUAGAACUAUUGUAACAUAUAUAUUGUUUGAAUAAAUAAAUAUGUAAACAGUUGCACUGAUUGAAUAAUUCCAGAUCAUACAUGUAUUAUACAAUUCAGUUUUAUGUUGUUGGUUUUAUUUUUAUGAAUUGAAACUAUUAUUGUUGUGACUAUGGCAUGGGCAAACUUUUAUUCAAUUUGACAAGACAUUGCCAAAAAAGACAGAGAAAAAAAAGUAUAAGUGACACUUUAUUGUCAAGUUGUUAAAAAAUUGUGAUAUAGUAAUGAUACAUUAGAGUGAGAAGUUCACAAUACUGCCAUAGUAUGGUUUUUGUGUACUAACCAGACGACACAACAAAAAUGUAUGUAAAUGUUGACCGUAGUGAAGCUUCUCAAGAUUUUGUGAGAAAAUUUCAGUUAAUGUACUUGAAGCAGAAACUGAUAAGCUUAUAUAUAGUUACACUGAACAUCCUUGAGCUGAGAUAGACACUUUGAUGAAAUUUGAAAUACAUUAUGUACAAUGAAAUUUAGAUAUUUUUAUGAUGUGUGGAUUAGGUGCUUUUCUUUGAAAUCCUCAAUUUUGAAAAUUUGCGAUAUCUAUGAUUAGAAGGGAUAUCAUGUUUAUUAGUUUUGGACAAAAGUUGAUUUUUAAGGUAAUAAUUUCAUGGGAUAGUAGUCAAUCAAGAAAUUCCAUUUUCCUCCUUGUUUUCGUUAGCUUUUAUACAGGAGGUUUGGAAAGAAGUUGUCAAAAUGAUCAUGUAGAAAUUAUUUGCUUGUUUUGUGAAUCUGCAUGCUUUUAAUGUUUCUGUGGAUACACAAAGAGUUUACUUUUAUUUAUUUGUUGUGUUAAGAAAUAUGAAUUGUAUUCCAACAAAAGUUUGCAGAGGAUGUGUCCUUUGUAGAAAUCCUAAUAUCGGUAUGUAUAUUUAAUAUAGUGCAUAUGAUGAUAUUUCCAAUGUAAUUUGUUUCAGAUGUUCAAAUUCAUGUUGAUUGAUAGGAACGAUGCAAAUACAUAUCAUCUAAAUACCUUUGCUUUAGCAUUUUAAGGAAAUUCUUGCUUUUUCAAAACACCUUGUUUGAUGUUCUCAGCUGGUUUUAGCUGAAACAAAAUGUUUGUGUGUCGUAAAUAAUAUAUUUCCUGUUUUCAUUACUGUCACUGAAAAAAAAAAAUUUGUUUUUGCUAAUUGAUUAAUCAUCAGUAAAUUUUGAAUUUUAAAAAUUGUAUGUCAAAAUCCAAUUUGCAUGAACUGUAUUAAAAAAUGAAUGUAUCACUUUAAAAUUUGUUACCACAAAUGAAAUAGAAUGCUAACCAAAUGAAAAUGAUAUGGGCAGCUAUUUAGUAAUAAAAGUGAUCAUGACUUUAUCCAAACUAUAAAAAAAAGACUGACGAGGUGAAAUUUAGGAUUAAUAUUAUAUACAGCUGUAAUGAUUUACAUUUGUGUUGAAGUACUGUCAAAAUGAUGAUAUAAAACAACCUAUUUUUGAACUCAUGUGGUCUUCAUUAACAGGAAAUGAUAGUUGUUGAUUGCAUGUAACAAACUUUAUGAUUGGUGGGAUGUAACUGAAUUGUUGAUUGGUGUAUAAGUAUCAAAUCUUACUUAUCUUACUUGUUAAAACCUUUAUCAGCUUUGUCAGUAAGUAAUCUCAGAUUUUCUUUAAAAUCAUUCUAUUACUAUUAGUUUUUCAUUUUGGGGUUGGAAAAAGGAAAAUUCCAGUAAAACUUUAAUAUAUUGAAAUAUUUCAACAAGUUUGUACGAAUGCAGUUAGAAGGGGAUUGAUUAUUACUAGUGUAGAAAAUAUGCCAAAAAUAUAUUUAUACACUCAGGAAAAAAUAGAAAAACAGGACCUUAGUUUGGUAACGAGUUGUCCUAAUUCAAGUUUUGACAAUCCUCCAUUGUUUAAAAACGAAAAAAAAAUGCUGAUACCUGUCCCUGUUAAUUUUGCAUUGGUUAGCGUGACCUGUCCGAGUGGAUAGGUUUAUAAAAUCACAAGCAUUGAUAGCCUCCAUGUUUGUUUCUCAUAUUGGAAAACAACAGGUAACAAAUUACAAGUUAUUCUUGUUAGUUCUAUUGAUUGUCAACAAAAACGGUAAAAGCAGUGGAAAUACAUAAAAUAUUCCAAUACUGUAUUUCCUUUGUGUUUUUAAGUCUGUAUCUACUGAAAACUUGCUAUCUACCGAUUUUUCUAUUUCCUAACUUUCUAUUGUUCUUUGUGCUAGUACAUAUACCUGUGAGUAGUGUCCGUUUUAAAGAACCACAUUCUGUGUUUUCUAUGUGUUUGUGCUCGUUGUUGGUUCUCCUGCUUACAGCGUGUAACCUAGUAUUGUGUGAUAAAAUGAUCACUUCUCUCGAGGGGUGACCAAUAAGAGAAAAAUCAGGUUGUAUAUAUAUGUUAUUAAUAGUUAAUAGUUUGAAUUCCUUUUUGAUCUUGAUGUAGAUCAGUCAAUGAAACCAAAGAAAUAUAAUGUAAUUAAGGUGACAUGCUGCUACAUUACCUUGUAUCCUCCAAACACAGAAGAGUUUGUAUUGCAUGAGAGUUCAGAUUUCAUGAAAUUGUUGCUACAUACCACAGAUUAUUUUCGCAUUUUCUCAAUCAGUGAUUUGAUAAAUGGUUAUUUUUCAGUAUUUAAAACAACAUUACACAAAUUAAAAUGUAACAAAAUCACUUUAAUGAACUGAAAAAUAAUACUGUCUUCAUUUCUUGACUAAAAUGAUGAUCAAUGACAACUAAAAGACCAAGAUCAAAACUGACACUUUGGUAUACAGUUUGUUUUACAUGAUGUCAUGUUUGAAGGGAACUCUUCUGUGAUUUGAGGCUUCUUUGGUGCAAGCAAGGUGUCACCUUAAGCCUGUAGAUGAUUUGUGCUUGUACCAAUUAAUGAAGACAAUGACUUUACAAUGAUGGAGGCCUAGCCCCCCACUGUUGUGUUGGUGUGUUGUUUGUGAACUAUGUCAGAAAUACUGUGUUAUUAAAUUUAAUACGAUUGUUGUCAAUCGCUGACAAUCAGUAAAGUGAUUUGGAAAAAAA